AUGGUAAUGACAAUCACAACAAUCGCGAUCACCGACGAAGUCAUACAAAUACUAUCUGGUCUUGAUGGUUCUUUGUCUCUCAACCAUAAAAAUACGUGGAAUGAUAUAUCCGACCAUACAGAACUUAAAUUCGUCUUGCAACAACUCCAUUGUCAUAAGCGAGACAAUUGGAAAAAUUCUCAAGACAAUACAAAGUCAAAAAUAGACAAAAAACGAAAAGGAAUCAAUUCAAAACAUUCUGAAAAAAAAGAAAGAAGAAAACGAGGUAUUAUACACAUGUACAAUAUCAAUGAUGAUAUUCUGACCUCCUCAAAACCUCAAAGCUUGUCAGAAAAAAAAUAUAGGGAAGAUUUAGAAGAAAUAAUUGACGAUGGCAAGUAUCAUUCUGAUGAAGCAUCAGAGACAGAUAAUGAAAAGGCGCAAAUAAAAAUUAACGAAUAUAUUAGUGAAAAUCAAAGAGUUAGCGAGUAUGAAGAAGUAAAUAAAAGAGUUACUGAA